AUGGGAGGCACCUCAUUAGAUUUCCGUCGUAAGGUCCCGUUCAGAAGUAAGGAUGCUGCUGCGCCUCUGUGAGGAAGCCUGUGAUGUGUGCCAGUGGAACAGCUGUAUCUUCGCAUCCCGGUGAACUUCUGAAGAGACAGAAGCACCAAGGACCCAGAAACAGCUCCUGAGACUCACAGACUCAAGCUGCUCUCCAGGGAUCCUUUCGCUACCGAAAGAUCAACGCGUUUUGACUUCACAUGUUUCUUCAUGCGCAAAACUAGAGAGCUUGAGGUUAACUUUGAGCUUUCUGUUGUUCGAUUGGAAAAGCUGCCAUCAGGAAGGCUAGCUUUUCAUUAGUGAAUCACUGUAAAUUUUGCAUUGUAACUUUAUUUCACUUUAUCUAACCAAGUCAGUAUUCGCUGUUCAGACGAGACUGUCAGUCUCCUAACGAGGACGCACGGAGAUCUCAGAGGAGUCGAGCUUAUUUACUCUCAUUCGAUCUCGUUCAUUCAAUGUCGCUUCGCUGUAAAUGACCCCAAAUUACCUUAUUAUAACUGUAAUCUUCUAAUCCUUGAGACAGUAAUUAACCCACUGAGAAAAAAACAACCAAACUUCGUGCGUAAAAGAAGUUUGGGUUUUUAGGGCAGAUCAAUCAGCGUUUGCGUUAGUUUUUUUUUCGGGUGGGAGGAAAUCUGUUCUACCAAGUGGCAAAUCUUUUUAAUUGAAAACAGUGAUCUGUGUCUUACUGCCGCAUUGCCCAGCACUGUUUUGUAUGCUUAAAAUGGACUUGGAAGAGAUCCCGUGGAGGAUGCAAGGGAGCACUCGUUUGGAAGAAACACAGGGACACAACGAGAGAAACUGAGACUCCUGGAAGGCUAACCCCAGCAUGGCCUCGGUUCUGGACAACGGCUGCUCCGUGGAGCUGAGCGCCUGGAACGUGAGCAGCGCCGGAGCCUCCGUGCCCUGCAACCAGAGCAUCCUGAAGCUCGCCCCUUACUCCCCUGAGGCCACGGCGGCCUUCGCCACCGCUAUAACCUUGAUGGUCCUCUUUACCAUCGUGGGGAACAUUAUGGUCAUCAUCGCUGUCCUGACCAGCCGGUCUCUCCGAGGACCGCAGAAUCUGUUUUUAGUGUCACUGGCUGCUGCAGACAUUCUAGUGGCCACACUCAUCAUCCCCUUUUCUCUGGCCAAUGAACUGCUUGGCUACUGGUACUUCAAAUCUCUGUGGUGUGAGAUCUACCUGGCGCUGGAUGUGCUGUUUUGCACCUCCUCCAUUGUGCACCUGUGCGCCAUCUCACUGGACCGCUUCCUGUCAAUUUCCAGGGUCACUUACGGGCGUCAGCGGACUCCCAAACGCAUCAAAGCCGCUAUUGUGGUGGUGUGGCUCAUCUCUGCCGUCAUCUCUUUCCCUCCCCUGCUCUCACUGAACAAAAGCGAAGGGGGGGAUGAGGGGAGUGAGAGGGGACCUCAGUGCAGGCUGAAUGAUGAACGCUGGUACAUCCUUUACUCCACCAUCGGCUCCUUCUUUGCUCCAUGCCUCAUCAUGAUUCUGGUCAACAUAAGAAUCUACCAAAUUGCCAAACAGAGAACACGCUGUCCACCAGGAGAGCCCAGGAAGGAUGGGAUCGGCUCUGCUACACCAAGUCAGCCUUCACGACAUGUCCAAGCCAACGGGAAGGAUGAUGAAGAAAGCACACCCCCUUCAUCAAACAAAACAUCCACUGUCAGACCCCCAACCCUCGCCAUCACUCCUUCUCCUUCCCCAGGAGAGACUCAAACAUCCCAGAAUCCCACAUCCAAUAAUCAUCUGCAACCUCCGUCCCCUUCUCUAGCCAUCACCCCUGUUACAACCUCCCUAGAUACUUCUCCUUAUGGCCCCACAACUCCCUCCUCUGUGUCUCAGUCUGCCCCUGCCAAGACUAAAGAGAAGGGGAAGAAGGGCAAGCGGCAGGGAGGGAAAAAGGCUGACAAUAACAAUGGUGACAGCUCAAGCACAGACAGCGAUAUGGAGCACAGCCACGGAGGAGGCCGAGGCAGCACCAGCAUGCCAGGAUCACCUGCAGGAGGGGGGGUCCACUCUCCAGCCUCAGUCAAGCGUUACCGGGAUAUGAUCGCCACUUCGAAGGGGGCUCGGUUGGUGCCAGGGAGGAGGUCAAAAACAGAGAACAACCCUGGAGCGGCGAGGCGUAAAGCAAUGGUUAACAGAGAGAAGCGUUUCACAUUUGUUCUGGCGGUGGUAAUCGGUGUCUUUGUGGUGUGCUGGUUCCCGUUCUUCUUCUCCUACUCCCUGCAGGCAGUGUGUCCGGAGACAUGUGCCAUCCCUGGUCCACUCUUUACGUUUUUCUUUUGGAUCGGUUAUUGCAACUCCUCUCUCAACCCAGUCAUCUACACCAUUUUCAACAAAGACUUCAGAAAGGCCUUCAAAAAGAUAGUGUGCAGUAGCGCCAAGGGUACUUUCUUUUAGCAUAUACAUCCCCUGUAUAGGACAUGGAUUCAAAAAAACAUGUUAAAACCAAUCAUUUCCAUUUCCGAACACUCAAAGGGCUGUCUAAAACAACUGUUGAACUGAGAGACACUCUUUUACAGCCACAGUGUGCCAAACAGGCAACUCUGACUGUGGGUUGCAGCUUUUCACCAGAUACACACAUACAUUCAGGGUGUGGGAUAAAAUCAGGACAUGGAAUAGAGUCAGCACUCAAUGCUUGACUGCUUUACACUUCAGUAUUGCUGAUACAAUUUUGAUCACAUUUUUUUUAUCUCCUGAUCACGUUAAAUUAUGGAUAAUGCUGGGGCACAGGGGGGUGCAGAAGGAAUGAAGAAAUGUAGGCUAUACACUCUUUAUAAACCUGACAGAGGGAAGCAGGAGAACAGUUGAGAAUGAACUCCUAAAUAAGAAUACAGACAGUUUAAUGUAAAGUGUAUAACAUUUUGUAGUUAUUAAAUUCGAUAGGAUUAAUGGGGAAAGAAAACAAGUAUUAAUAAGAAAAGUGACCUUAGGUUUCUAUGAGCCUAUGGCCAUUUAUUUAUGGGUACAGAGCACAAGGAGCACACAAGCGUAGUAGUUAUGUCUUACAUCUGCAGUCCUAAUUUGCCCAACUGCAGGGCAAACAUGUGUUCCCCGAUUUUUAUCUAAAACCCGCAGCAGCAGCAACAGCAACAACAACAACAACAAGAAAAGGUUUCUGACGAUUUCAAAUGUGAUGGCACAGACAAGGGAAACCUUUAACAUUGAACUUGAGGGCUUUUAUAAGGAAAUCCUGCAUAUCAGACACCUUGCUUGUGGCUUGGCGUGGGUCAUAAUGGACAAUCAGGUUCUUUGUAAGGAAGCUCAUGGCUUUCACCUUUUAUGAAAUACAGAAUAUGUUUCAGUUUGGGGGAUUUUGGACUUAAAAGAAAACAACAAAAUGUUAUUGAGAUGUAAAAAUAAGACAAUGUGAUCAUCCUCAUUUUCUUAUCUUAACUUAACCUGGACUUUCACACCAACGGACUGGAUUGAGCAAUCCUUUUAAAUAACAUGUGGCAAAAUUUGAGGAACCAUCAAAACUGUUUUUAGCCUCUUGAAUUUUUUCAAAUGUUAUUCACAGUAUCUAACAGGAGGUGCAUCCACUGAAGACUGAAAAAAACUAGAUUAUUAUUAUUCAACGUUAUUUUCCACAACCCUGAUUAAGAGGGUAGACAUUUACAUUGACUGUAAAGGACACAUAAACAAUGCAAUUAUGGAUUUGUAAUGUUUUCCCUAAUUACGCCUACAUGGGUCAUUCUGAGAACCAUUUGGUUGAGUCACUCUUUACCAACGCCUCUGGCACGUUGUCACCUGCAUUGGACUUCAGCAUGACACAUUUGGUUUAUAGCUGAGAGACAAGAGCAUGAAUGGUAAUUCUCACCAUGAGACUGAAGCUCUGUCAGCUUCCUUGAAAAGAACAGAACAUGUGUCUUUAAAUGUGAAAGGCCAGCCCAGUGGAACAGCACACAGGCUUAUUGACUCAAUGGGACAAGGGCUGUCAGCAGCAACACUUCAACUUACUAAUUGUCUAAUACUGCUGACCUGUAUGUGUGUGUGUGUGUGUGUGAGUGAGUGUGUAUGUGCGUGUACACGCGCAAGUUGACUUUAAUGCUUUUCUGUAAAGAGUGUCAGUGCCUCCUCUGGCUGCUAUGUACUGCACAUAUACUGUAAUGUUGAUAUGAAUAGAGAGAAACCAGAUGUCCUGGUGGAGGCAUCACUUUGUGAAUGUUUCUACUUGAUGGACAGAUCAGUAGUAUAUUGCUACAUUGAGUUGAGUCUUAUUGAACUGAAAGUCAGUGUUUAUCAGUACACGGCUAUUUAGUGAACACCCUCUAGGGACCAACGAGCCUUAUAGGACACCAGCUUGAUUCAGUGAUAUCUGGCUCUGUGUUGCUUUAAUGAAGCAUUUCUUUAUAUUUGGUGUAUGUGACUGGAGGAAAAGAUUGAAAACACUGUAAUUAUUUAUUUCAAACUAUUGUGUUUUCUGUCUGUUACCUAUUUAUUGUUCAGUUAGGCCAUUAUGCUUUUAUUCUGAAAAUCAAGCAACGUGGAACUGAUAUCAAAGAGCGAGAUCACUGUACAUAUUUUUAAUAUCUUUAAUAAGAGCUGAAUUGAUUUGUGCCGUCAAGCUCUUGCUUUGUGGAGAUUGAGCUAUAUUUGAGUUUGGGAUGUAUUUGUGUUGAAUUGAAGGAACAUAAACUUUGAGUUAUGUUCAUAAUGCAGAAUCUACAAUGUAACAUAUGUCAUUGUUUCAUCAUGUUAUCAUACAGCAAAAUGUUCAAUCCAAAAUACAAGCACAUUCGUGGAUGUACAUUUUUCAAGCAUACUGUAUCAGGAAAAUCUCUCUUCAGAACUGUUGAUAAACUUUUCCUGAAAAAGUAAUCAAACAUGAAAAUGUUACUAGCACCCAUAGCCUGUUUCAGUUGGAUGAUUUGCAGGCUUUUUGCAAGAUGCAAUCCAUACCACACAGAGAUGUUUAGAGAUUCAAAUAACUGAUUAAACAAAAUGGUUGUAUUGAGUGUUGAGCAAGAGCUCUGUGCUCUUAAAUAUCAAUUCCCUGGUGUCAUCUGAAACUGUUAUUUCCUCCCCGGAAAUACAAACAGCUAUAGCAACGCAGUGUUUAACAAAGAUUCAACAGAGGCUGUUUCCAACAAAUAGAGUUGCAAUGUUGCUCAAAUCCCCCAACCGUGGGUUUAUGUGGUGAGACUGCUGCUUUGUUUAUUUUAAAAAGUAUGAAUUAUGGCUAAAAGGUGACAGAUGUAGUAAUCUGUCUCUUGAUCACCAUCCUCUCCCUGAAACCGCCUGUCCUGUCUCUUCUUCUACUGUGUUUGGGCCAAACUGCAUGGUCCGAGCUUUACAAUCUUCUAUCUGCCAUCUGUCAUCUUCCCUCUCCAGUUUGGAAAUAAAGCUACUUGAAAAA